AUGAAUGAUGACGCUGCCUCCAACAGCACCCCCCCGGUUAUGAUAACGAAUUUUGUUAGACCAGAAAUCGCGCCCAAAUGUUUCGGAACGGACAUAGAUGGAACCUUCCUUGCGGAUGACCCCGAGAUGUACCAGCGCAACCUCGACGCAUUCGCCUGGGCUAUUAAAAAUGGCAUAGACAUCUUCUUCUGCACUGGGCGCGGGUAUGAUGAUGCUAUGCGCGUGUUGCCGCCUGGUCUGGCGGAAAAACUGGGGUUUACCGGAUAUCCAGGGGUAUACUACAACGGUGCAGCCGUGUACGGCCGGAAUGGAGAGGUGCUCACGGAGGCUCUGUUCCGCAAGGACGUGCUCAAACACAUAAUGGAUCGCAUUCUCGAGGCGAAACACGAGAGGUUCCAGGACAUGGAGGGCGUUGAGUUCAUCGCGAAGCGUGCACUAAACGACCUCACGGACCUCACGCCUAUGGGAAUCACUAAGGGAAGUGGCAUCGCAUCUGUUCUGGAACACUUGGGCCGGACGCCCGAUCAAUGUGCAUAUAUGGGCGACGCCGCGAACGACAUCGAGGCCAUGCAUCUGGUGCGGCACUCGUUCGCAGUUGCUAACGCAACACAGGCGGUGAAGGACGCCGCCAAAUACACGGUUCAUCAAACUAACGAGAAUGCAGCUUUCAGAACUGUCAUGGAAGCUCUGUAUGAUGUAAAUCAGAAUUAG